CAAUAAGAGCAAAUUGCCAUGUGCUUGUAAGUGUACCCUCUACAGCUUGUACAAUUUACAUGUGUUUGGUGCUUCCCAGCUAGCUAGCUCUGCAGAACAAUUACACACUAUACAAGUCACCAUGCCCCGCGUAGUCCCAGACCAAAAGAACAAAUUUGAAACAGAUGAGCUCUUCAAGAAGCUCGCACAAGACAUGGACGUGAAGUACACUGGUUACCGUGACAGGCAACCAGAGGACAGGAAGAAGAAGUUUAUUGAGGAUCUGAAUGAAGGCAUUUCAUCGAUUACCUUUGUAGCGACAGGAACGAACUUGUGUCUUCAGUUUUGUCCACAUGCACUAAACGAUGAUAAGCCCAAGGACAUGUCACUGCCGUCAGAAAAUGUCAGCUUCGAUUUGGAAAACCAUAAAGUGAACAUGUCCUCGAGGUUCAUAAUGAACGGAGUGUGCAUCAAGUGGGUGGGAUGGAUUGACCUGGACACUCUGGUUGGCAAGGCACGACUUAUAUUCGAUGAGGAGCAGGCUAGGGUUGAGGAUGAGAUUAUGCGUGCUGUGAUGAAGGAGACACAAGAAAGAGUGAGAAUGUUUGAGGAGAAUCAGCGCAGGUGGCAGGAGCAGCACCAUCUCUCCUCACCCCCUCCACUACAACAAGCCACAGGUUUCUCCUACACUGCACAGGCUCUCUCUAACCAGUGACCAGACGGGGGGGAGGGGGGAGGAGGGGGGCAAGCUAACUCGAAAGAUUUAUCAAUUAACGACACAAACGGACUUACCAGUAUUACAUGUACUAUCCUCGGGCCUGGAAUCACAGGCUUGAACUCAAACAUCAUCACUGAACAAACGAACGUGCACUUAAUGUAUGUGUUAGGGUUUUAAUAAAUAUUUUUUCACCAUUAUUUUCUUUGUUUGUUGGAGUUUUAUAGCUAGCCUAGAAUACACUGUACACUAAAGGAAAUUGAAUACUUUUUGUGAUAGAUUUUUGGCUAGUUUUGUGUUGUUUUUACUGAUGUUAAUACUUUAAUACUUUGUUUUGUGCUUUGAAACAAACAUUUGAUACACCAUUCAUAUAAUUA